CCUAUUAAAAGCACUAUGGACAACUCCACAACGAUUCAGUACGCGGGCCUCAUGCACAGCCUCAUCAUGAAGGCGAGGAGCACUGUGCGAGACGUCGAUCCCCAGAAUGACCUCACCUUCCUGCGCAUCCGCUCCAAGAAAAACGAAAUCAUGGUUGCACCAGAUAAAGACUACUUCCUGAUUGUCAUCCAGAAUCCAACUGAGUGA